AUGAGAUACGUUUUCUGUGGAUAUAUAGAUUUUGAUUCAAUAAAAUCCAGCCUCUUGAAUCCGCCCGUCAACACCACUGCCAAACCCUCCCUGCCACACCUCAUCCCUAAAAAUCUCCUCAGGAGGUCGACAAAAACCCUAGCCGCCGCCCCAUCCGAGCCCUCCAGCACAAUUGUAAGCUGCAGCUCUCCGACGAGACCCCCCCGCGUCGAGUUCAUCACCUCCGGCAAAGGCGGCAAGACCAGCACCACUGCCCAAAUUGGCCUCUCCCUCGCGCGCCUCGGCUUCUUUGUCGUCGCCAUUGACGCAGACAUCGGCCACCGCAACCUCGACCUCCUCCUUAGCCUCGAGAACCGCGUCAAAUAG